AUGCCGGGGUUGUCGGGAUGCGUCUCGAAGCCUCCGUUCGGAAGUUCGUAUCGGGUCGGUGGGCCCCGAAUCGGGACAUCGUCGAUGAAAGGAAUGGUGGUGUCUGGGAUCUCUGGCUGGAGGAUGUGGGUGACGUCGUCGUGGAAGAUCGGGACCGAAUUCGUCCAUCCCAUGGGUAGGGUGACGAGUCGGUGGGCACCGAACGGGGUCUGGAAUGUGGUGAAGUCGCGAGAUGAUUCGGCGAGCCCUCGUUCGUCGUAUCCAACAUAG